AUGAACCCCGUGGGGGAGACCGGCCACCGUGACGCCUGGGAGAGGGACCAGGUCUCUGGACAUGCCCUCGUCCUGAGCAAACUGGACCUGGCCGCCACCUGUGGGCCCAGUUGCUUUAGAGAGAGGGUGCCGCCCCUGCUUGGCUCUGGCCGGCCUCACACUCCCUGUGGGUCCGCGGGAGCCCAGAGGGCAGAGGGCCCUCCCUGGCGUUUGCCAUCCGGGCGUGUCCCACCUCCCUCGGGCAGGGAGGAUCCCAGCAAAGAGGUAGAGCCCCAGGGCCUGGGCUCCGUGCCCCGAGUGGCUCCGUCCUGCCUGGCACUCGCUUCUCACCGGCCCGAGUCUGCUGCCCGGGGAGCAGCCAGGCCUUACCUCCCCCGGGCCCCGGGGCCCCAGGAGCACCCUACUCCCAGCAACGCCCGCAGCACCCGCUCCUCCGGCCAGAGCUUCGAGCAGCUGCGGCGGGAGUGCCUGCAGAAGGGGGUCCUGUUCGAGGACCCCGACUUCCCUGCCACCGACUCCUCUCUCUUCUACAGUGAGAGGCCCCAGAUCCCUUUCGUGUGGAAGCGGCCAGGGGAGAUAGUGGAGGACCCCGCAUUCAUCCUCGGAGGGGCCACCAGGACGGACAUCUGCCAGGGGGAGCUCGGCGACUGCUGGCUGCUGGCGGCCAUCGCCGCCCUCACGCUCAACGAGAAAGCGCUGGCGAGGGUGGUGCCGCAGGACCAGCGCUUCGGGCCCGGUUACGCCGGGAUAUUCCACUUCCAGUUCUGGCAGCACAGUGAGUGGUUGGACGUGGUGGUCGAUGACCGGCUGCCCACCUUCAGGGACCGGCUGAUCUUCCUGCACUCGGCUGACCACAACGAGUUCUGGAGCGCCCUGCUGGAGAAGGCCUACGCCAAGCUGAACGGGAGCUACGAGGCGCUGAAGGGGGGCAGCGCCAUCGAGGCCAUGGAGGACUUCACGGGGGGCGUGGCCGAGACCUUCGCCACCAAGGAGGCGCCCCAGAACUUCUACGAGAUCCUGGAGAAGGCGCUGCAGCGGGGCUCCCUGGUGGGCUGCUCCAUCGACAUAAAAAAUUCUGCGGAGUCGGAAGCCCGGACGCCCUUCGGCCUUAUUAAGGGUCACGCCUACACCGUGACGGGAAUUGACCAGGUCCACGUCCGAGGCCGGAAAACGGAGCUCAUCAGGGUCCGCAACCCGUGGGGGCAGGUGGAGUGGAACGGCGCCUGGAGCGACAGGAUGGCCUUUAGCGACUUUAAGGCCCACUUCGACAAAGUCGAGAUCUGCAACCUCACGCCAGACGCCCUGGAGGAGGACGCGCCCCACAAGUGGGAGGUGACGGUGCACCAGGGCAGCUGGGUGCGGGGCUCCACGGCCGGUGGCUGCCGCAACUUCCUGGACACCUUCUGGACCAACCCGCAGAUCAGACUGUCCCUGACCGAGAAGGACGACGGGCAGGAGGCGUGCACGCUGCUCGUGGCGCUGAUGCAGAAGGACCGCAGGAAACUCAAGCGGUUCGGGGCCAACGUGCUGACCAUCGGCUACGCCAUCUACCAGUGCCCCGGGCAGGAGGACCACUUGGACAAGGACUUCUUCCGGUACCACGCCUCCCAGGCCAGGAGCAAGAGCUUCAUCAACCUGCGGGAAGUCUCCGACCGGUUCCAGCUGCCCCCCGGGGACUACAUCCUCAUCCCCAGCACCUUCGAGCCGCACCAGGAGGCCGAUUUCUGCCUGCGGAUCUUUUCAGACAAGAAAGCCAUCAGCCGGUGAGUCCCAGGAAACAUUCCUCUGGUUCGUUUCCAGCCCCCGAAGCCGACGCCGCGGGACCAGGAGACGGAGGAGGAGCAGCAGUUCAGGGCCCUGUUUGAACGCAUCGCUGGGGAGGUGAGUUACCUGAGUCCUGCUCCCUGUGUGAUUUCAGAAAAGGGCAUUCGAUUCGAGAAGCUGAGCCUGAUUUCCUGUAAGAACAUCAUUUCUCUAAUGGACACCAGUGGCAACGGGAAGCUGGAGUUCGAUGAAUUCAAAGUGUUCUGGGAGAAACUGAAGACGUGGACGAACCUUUUCCUUCGGUUCGAUGCUGACAAGUCCGGCACCAUGUCCUCCUAUGAGCUGCGGACCGCGCUGAGAGCCGCAGGCUUCCAGCUGAGCCGCCACCUCCUGCAGCUGGUGGUGCUCCGCUACGCCGACCAGGACCUGCAGCUGGGCUUCGAUGACUUCCUCAACUGCCUGGUCCGGCUGGAGAACGCCAGCCGCGUGUUCCAGGCUCUCAGCACGAAGAACAAGGAGUUCAUUCAUCUCAACAUAAACGAGGUAAGGCCCCGCCAGGCCUCCCGCUCAGGGACCCAGCCAGGGCCGGGCCCACGGUCCACACGCUCCAUCAACGUGUGCAUGAUGGCCUGCGAGGGUUCAGCGUUUAGCUUUGGGGCAAAACAGCAACGCACAUGGCUACUCUGUGUAGGUCCCGUGCACUUAGCAGUCCAUAGGAUUGUUGCAACAGCCCUCCGAGCUACGGGCGAAUAG